AUGAAGGCCCUAACAUUACUUCUGAGCUGUGUUAUCCUGGCUGUUUGUCUGGUGCAGCAGACAGGAGGUACCAGCUCGUCAACAACUACGACGACGACAACAACAACAACAACGACGACAGAAUCUUCUUCGGAUACCACAACUACUACUGAAUCUUCUAGUGACACCACCAGCACCACUUCAAGCUCCAGUUCCAGCUCUAGCUCUAGUUCUAGCGCUGCUGCCAAGGCUCUUCGUCGAUUGAGAAGGCAGCUGAGACGUCUGAGGCGUUUGCAACGUCUGAGGGCCGCCAGAGAGAGAAGGAGAAUCCGCAGGCUGAGGGCUCUCGUGAGGAGAAGGCGCACAAACAGAGGCUAG